CCGCCCGCACUCUCUCUGCCCCAGCGCUGAGGAGAACGGACGACGGCCUUCCUUCCCCGGAGCUCCAACGCUUUCUCUAACCGCUGAGGAGAACGGACGACGGCCGGCCUUCCCCGGAGCUCCAACGCUUUCUCUAACCGCUGAGGAGAACGGACGACGGCCUUCCUUCUCCGGAGCUCCCACGCUUUCUCUAACCCCUAGCGGAAGGUGAAGGUGACCCCAUUCUCAAGGAUGAAUCCCGAGAAGAGCAAGAUCCGCGCCAGACAGCCCCCAUUCGCAAGCAUGAAUCCAGAGGAGAGCGAGACCCCUGCCGGACCGCCCCUCGUCACCAUGAAGGACCUCAUCUUCUUCCCGGUGUGCGCCGAGUUCAUCAAACCCACCAGAUUAGUGCCUGAGGUCACCGGGAAAUUUAAGAAGGCGGAGUUGAUUUUCAUGGCCAACAAGAAACACUUCAGUGGGAUAGCAAGUGAAAGUGAGGUUGAACCAGGAGACGUCCUCCGGGUGCAGCUGCGGCUCUGUUUAUGGGACACGCGAAGCCCUCAAUCAGACUGUCUUCCUUCACAACUGAUUGUCACCGUCAACGGGAAGAUGUGUCUUGGACCCGCCAUUGGUAAUGACAACAAUCGCCCUGUGGAUAUCACCCAUUUCGUGCACCCGUCUGAUGAAUCGACCAAUGAUGUCAUGCUCCUUUGGUCACUGAGCGACACGCGGGACUUUGCCAUAUCUGUGUGCUUGGUGAAGCAACUUACUGUUAAAACGUUGGUGGAUCAACUGAAGAGUAAGGGUUUUUUCCCCAAAUGCAAGACGCUGUCUCUGAUCCAGGAGGCGAUGCCGGCAGCCCGUGAUCCCCAGUUUACCCUCAGAAGGGUCCGCGCCUCCCUUCUGUGCCCGCUGGGACAGGGACUCGUGUCUGUGCCCUGCCGCUCGGUAUCCUGCAACCACGUCCAGAUUUUCGAUGCCGUCCCGUUCCUGCAGAGGAACAAGGAGGAGGAAACUUGGAAGUGUCCUGUCUGUGACCAGGAGAUUCAGUAUCAAGACCUCGUCGUAGAUGAGUAUUUCUUCAUUAUCCUCCACACCGUCACCUGUGAAAAGAUCGACUGUGAAGAGAUUGACGUGUUUUAUGACGGCACCUGGGUCCCGGCCAAGUACCGCUUGGAUUUGCUAGAAUUAACUGAAGAUCCUGGCUUCCCUGGCCUACGCGCCCGUCGAUUAAAACGGAAUAAGAAGGUACAUUUUGUUGCCGUGACGGAGCAAGCAUCAGCUUCCGAAGUUGAGGGGACCUCAAAGGAAAGACCGGGUCCCGUGGCGGCCAUCCCGCCCUCCACGAGCACCGUAAAGGCGAGCACCACCGAACAGGAGCCGGCCCGGGACAGUGAAGUCCAGGCCAGGGCCCCAGAGCCCGACAGGCCAUCGUCCUCCAACCAGCCGUCCGACUCGAGGUCCCGUGGAAAGACCAAAGGACCAGGCAGUCCAUUGGGGGGCCAGAGGAACUUAUUCUAUUGCUGCGAAGUCCCUGAACCCAGAAUCCCCCAAGGAGGCCUUUCAUUCAAAAGCGACAAGGAGAUUCCUUCCAUUGCCCUGAAGGACAGCAGCUCGUCCAACAUAGAGCUGCCGACUCCGGACACCUUGGCGGCCAUCUCGGUCUCCAAGACCCCCAAGGCGGCGCCAAAACCUCAGCAGCCGCCAGCCCCAUUCGAGGACCUGCCCCAGGGCAGGCGUCUUCAGCUGUCCGGAUUCCCGCUACCUUCCCUCGAGCCGAUCUCCAAGGAGGGUUUGAAUCUGCCAGCUCAAAUGGCCAUCAUUGCACAGCUUUUUGCCUCACCCAUCUUGGCCCUUCAGAGCACUUUUGAUUUGGGCCACGGCCAGGGCCAACCUCCAGCUCUGGCUCCAGCCCCGGCUCCGGUUCCGGUUCCGGCUCCGGCUCCGGCUCCGGCUCCGGUUCCGGCUCCGGCUCCGGUUCCGGCUCCGGCUCCUGCUCCAGCCCCGGCUGCAGCUGCAGCCCCGGCCCCUGUCCCAGCUUCAACCCCUUUCCUGAGCCCCUUUUCUCAAAUGCUCUCUCCUGCUGGGAUCAAUCCCCCCUCGGCCCAAAAGCCUUCUCUGUCCUGGCCCGGGGUGGGACGGGGAAGAGGUGUCCUGGGUUUGCUACAGCUGGGUGGGUAUCAGCCCCCUGCACCGGACCCUCACCCCUCUGAAGUCCAGAUCUCCAUGCUUGAUAGAGUUUUGGGGAAAACCCCGGGGGGGACACGGGGAGGGGCUCAAUUAAGACCACCCAUGGCCCCUGUGGCCCCGGUCCCGGCCGACCCAGAUACGGGAGCUCUGUCCGGGGCGAAUAGUGGUCAGUCCACCCGGGCAGAUGGGGCUGCCGCCUCCCCGGAUAGCACUGAGCCUAAGGAACACAACAGUCCUUAAAGGGAGGGGAACAAACCCCCCAGAUUCCAGGCCCUGCCCUGACCCCUCCUCAUCCCUCCUCUCAAGUCACUGGGGAAGGGGGUAUCACCCUACAGCCUCAUUUAUCCCAGGAUUAAGUUGUGCAUGUCCUGUCCCUGCCCUUCCCCUUCCCACCCGCUCUCCAGUGCCAUAUCUGGGGCCUAUUCCUGGAGUUCUCAUUCAUGUGGGUGGGAGUGGGGGCACACGUGUAGCCCCGGUCUCUCCGUCCCCUACCCCGUCAGCCCCCUUCCCCUCCCUUGUUUCUUUGGUGCUGUUUGAGGUGGUCGGCCAGGGACCCUGAGUGGAACAACUUUGAAUUGGCUUAAAAUGUAGUUAAUGUGUGUAGAGUGUAGUUCUCAUCCUAUUGUCAAGCAAUUGUCAUCAGUUAAUAAAGUGGAAAACGUUCCAGAAA